UGGAGGGAAAUUCGAAGCGUGUGAUAUCAGAUAAAAAUGCCAGGAAACGUAGAAAUAAAAGCAAAGUUAAAUGACGUGGAAGGAGUACAAAAAAUUGCUGCUGAACUGAGUCAUUCAUCUGGAGAAACUCUUGUGCAAGAAGAUGUCUUCUUUCUUUCUCCGAAUGGUCGACUUAAGCUAAGAACAAUUAAGGAUGUUCGGUCAGAACUUAUCUUUUAUGACCGACCCGACAAAAUUGGACCCAAGUUCAGUGACUACAGCAAAACAGAUAUUGGUAAUCCAGAAUCUCUCAAGGAGACAUUACGCCAAGCCUUGGGCAUCAAAGGUGUAGUGAAAAAAGUGCGUAAACUUUACAUGGUUGGUCAGACACGAGUACAUGUGGAUAAUGUUGAAGGGCUCGGUGAUUUCAUGGAACUAGAGGUAAUGAUGAAAGAAGGACAGACAACGGAGGAAGGACAGCAGAUUGCAGAGGAUCUGAUGGACAAACUCGGUGUAAAACAAUCAGACUUGUUAUCUGGUGCCUACAUGGAUAUGAUACUCAAGAAAACAGAUGCAGCUUGAACGACAAAUAAAAAAAAAAACUUUAUCAAGGAGGAAUAUAUUCUCAAUGAAGGCAACAACACUAUCCUGUCAGAACAAGUGGUAUUUAGUUUAUAUCAGUAAGGGAGUACAUUAAGGAAGAAUUCUGAAAUACGAAGCACUCAUAUGUCAAAAAUAAUAUUCACUGUGGUGUAUAUAAGAGGAUAAAAGUCAAGAACAUGCGUUUAGAAAAUUGUUUGAUUCGUCAGUUCAACAAUCAAUGCUGACAAUAUGUUACUGAAGUCUUCACCAGAUUUUCAUUGGAGUUGAUUCCAGGAUUGGGUCGUUUUAAUAGAGGUGCAUAUUCGCCAAGAAAUCUCCAGUUCUGCACCAUCUGCUCAAAUACAUCUGUUAUGUGUAUGUGGUUCUUCUAUUGGUACUUGUUAAGAUC